ACGUCUGACUUCGGUAACAAGAAUGGACGUUUUGUAUUGGCAGAUUUUCUGGGAUACUCCCCCAAGUGACCAAUCAGCAUAAUCUUAAUAUAGUUUUAUGCAAAGAAAUGCAGAAGGCAGAUCCAAAAUGGCAGCCCACAUGAACAAGUGAAGUUGAGGAGGUCGACUCUACUUGCAAAACAUAUCCACUUUGCUUAUGUUUCUUAACUAACAAUAAUCAGCAGUAGCCGACAAUGGAGCAGGAUGAAUUGAAGGUGGCAGUGAAGCCAGAAGUUGAAAAGUUACAGCAAACAAAACGGAUAUAUCGAGGUGCUCAGGAUAUCAUCAGUAAGCUAGACGGUGUUUUAAGGCACAAGCAGCCGUAUCGCAGUGUCUUUGAGUGGGAUGCCGUCGAGCUGCGGAUGAAACUAAAGGACCUGUGUGAGCGCCUGAUGUUUCUGCAGCCGGUAGACUACGGUCGCAAGGCAGAGGAACUCCUAUGGAGAAAGGUCUACUAUGAUGUCAUCAGCGUUGUCAGGAAAAACAAGAAGCAUGUGCGCCCCGGUUCCUCUCUGGAGUGUGCCUACCACACGCACCUGUUGGCAGCUACAGGCUUCUACCAUCACCUGCUACUACGUCUCCAGCAGCAGUACAAGCUGAGUCUGUGCGGCAUCGUGGACUUUGUGGAUGCUGGGGACCACUGGACAACUAGAGGUCCAUUGCCACCUCCUGGCAGCAAGCGAGCCAAGGCCAGAGAUUGGGCUGAGAAGGCCUGCCAUCGAUGCCUGAUUUAUCUGGGUGAUCUCGCCCGUUACAGACAGGAUUUUGACGGGUUUCGUAGCCGUCUGCAAGCCGAGCGUUUCUACCAUCAGGCACUGUUAUUGAAUCCUGCCAUGGGGAUGCCUCAUAACCAGCUGGGAACGCUGGCUGGGAACCGACACCAGGGGCUGGACUGUGCUUAUCAUUACCUCAGAUGCUGGCUGUCUGAGAUUCCCUUUGACGGCGCCAUCGCCAACCUGGAGAAGACCCUUGAGCAGAACACAAAGCGCUAUGAGGAGCUCCCCCGCCAGGCCAACCGUGACCUCCCUCCUGACCUGCAAAGACCAAGGGACCUGAAGCAUUUCCUGAUCAAGUUCCUCUACCUCCAGGAGCUGCUGCAGCCCGGCGCCUGGCCCUCCCAGGAACAGCUUGCCAGCCUCUGCCAGAACGUCGUCCACGACUUCAGCCUGUGCAUGUACCACACCCUGACCCAGCGGGGCGCCCCCCGACCCAGGGGGGCUAACCCCUUACCCAGGGGGGCCGACACCCCCAGGGAGUCCACCACCAUGUCUGAUGAUAUGGUCUUCAAGCUGUUCAGCAUGACCAUGAUGACAAUUUACAAACUGAAGAAAACAGAUCGUAAGUGGGUCUCGGCCGCCAUUGCCUUCAUGCUGGCCAUGUUCACUCAUCUCCUGACGCACGUCAACGAGCGACUGCAGAGCGCCCUCUACGAGGCCCAGCACCCGAGACAAAUUGGUGACGACGAGGAUGACAGCUCAGAUGAGAGCAGUAGUCAGACAGAUGAGUCAGGUAAUGAGCAACGCAGCCUGGCUGGUACCCUGACUCCCACCCAUAGUCAAGAGGUCGAGAGCUCAGGGACCUGCAGCGAUGGCACAGUCAAGCAUCCCCCACACAAGGACAAGCGUCGUAAGCCCUUGAAUAGGCUCCGACGCAGACGGCGCCCUCUACAAGAGGGCCGGCCCGAGAGCGAGGAUUCAGACCUGAGCGAGGGCGCCCUGAGCGCCAGCGGAGGGUCGGACUUCAGCUCGUCGGAUGGGGAGGGGUCAAGCGAGGGCGGGCUUCUGGCCCUGUCGGACAGCGACUACCUCAUGGACAGCCAGGAUCAAGAGGAGGAACAGACCCCAGAGAAAGACAAAGAGAAGAAAGGGGACACCGAAAAGGCAUUGAGUGAGAAGGAGCCUCCGACCCAAGCAGACAAAGUCAAGGAGUGGUCGACCACAAGCCCAGUCUCCCUGGCCCAGAACCUGCGGGACAUGUCCUCCCGUCUCCUGGCCCCGAGCCCGACUGGGUUCCUCAAGCGAAGCAUCCGCCUGGCGCCAAGCUUUGAUGCCUACGUCAAGGAGAAGGCAGAGUCUGUCAAAGAUGCAGGGGCGGGAGGAGGGGAAUCGGCGGGGGAUGCUGUUAAGACGGAGGAGAAAACAGGUGUUGAGACCACCGGCCAAUCAGACGCCUCGAGAGAAGACGCAGACAGCAAGCCCUACCCGCUGGACCUUCAGAUUAAGGUCCUGAACGAGGAACGACUCCUGGGCACGGUCAAGCUCAUCACUGAUUGGCUGAGGGGAAACAGUGAUGUCAUCACAACAACUGCGGAGAACACCCAGAUGCUUUGGUCUAAGCUAGCCUUGCUACUGAAUCAGCUGCCACAAGUUGAAGAUAUUUGCUCCAAUGAAUGGUGCAAGUCUUCAGAGGCUCUUGAGGCAAUUGCCGGUAGCCUGCAGGCAACCCCUGGUGCUUGGCAACAAGUCAUCCCACUCACUGAGGAUGUGGCUGUGAUGAGGCUGCCCUCGCUUGGUGACACCCAGAAGGUCAUGGCCUUUGACCUGCACAUGACCCACGACCUCACUGAGCGAGAUGAGACACUGCUUCGUGUUGUCUGCCUACGCCAGUUUGGACAUUUCCUCACCACUGUGAAAGACCUGAGCUUUGUGUAUGAUGACAAGAGCAGCAUUUUCAUUGCGCACUCAAGCGAGGGCACUGUCGACUUGCCAGACGCGAGCACCGAGUCUGACGAAGCGGAGGCAAAGCCAGCUGAGAAGGAAGAACGACGCACCCAGAUGAUGAAGGAUCUGGCUGUCAGAUGGCUGGAGCAUGAGAUUCAGCAGUUGGAGGGGCAAGUUGAGGACAGCGCAGCCAACACCCAGUUCUCCCCUUACCUGGUGCCUGACGCCAAUGCGCUCAUGAACCACCUCGGGCUGAUACAGCUCCUGGCAGACAGUGAACGCUUCAUCGUUGUCAUUCCUUAUGCAGUUGUCGGUCACUUGGACCACUUUAAGAAGAAGCACUUUGAGGCCCGAGAAGCCAGUCGGUUCUUGGAACAGAUCUUGAAAAAGGGAAACAGGCAUAUUCGUGUCCAACGCCAACACGAGGUCCUCCCACUUGACAAGGAGAAGAAAGCAAAGGACAAGGACAAGUCUAUUAAAACCCUCUAUCAAAUCAUCGAGUGCGCCCUCUUCUUCAGUCAGCGAUCUGCUCCCCAAGGCAGCGAUGGCCACGGCAUGGUUACCAUCCUGACGGACUACCGGCCAGGCCAGCUGGCCACGUCCCCGCUAGCACUGGCUGCCGUGGAGAUGGCUCAGGGGCGGGGCCUGCGAGUGGAAAACGCGUCCGAGUUCUACCACGCCUGGAAGAACUCGGGUCAGAGUUGACGACGGCUGGAGAAUGAAUCAGAGACUAGCGGGACCAUUGCAAAACUGUGAAG